CAGAGGUACGGCAGGAGGCCGUCCAGCAGGCACUCGCGGAGAUGCAGAACAGACCGAAGCCUUCGCUACCCAUGCCCUCCAAGAGGACCUCCAUGAUGGCCAAAAGUCCAGACAGGGAAAGGCACGACCUAUCAUCCAGCUCGGAUGAGGACUCGUGCGCCGGCGACAACGAGUUGCCCCCUCCCCCGGAGCUGGGCUCUCCGCCCGCGCGCCGCCCAGCCGCCCCUCACCCCCGCUCCCACCCGCAGCCGCUCCUACCUCCGCAACCGCAUCCCCUGCGCGACCAACGGGAGAAAAUACAGAAGCACGGGCCUCGCGAGCGAACAGAGAUCGACCUGUCCGAGAUCACCACACACUUGCCAGCAUAUAUCCAGCCUGAUGUGACUCACACGACAUCUGGCAACCGGCGAGGUGGCGCUCUGGUGGCAGACCGCGUGCAAUGCUACGCCCCGCCAGAGGACACUGGCACUGGUACUGGCCGGUGGAAGGUGUCCGCUAAGAUUCAGCAAUUGCUCAAUACCCUGAAAAGGCCGAAACGACGACCCCUACCGGAGUUUUACGAAGAUGACGACAUAGAGUUAGAGAUCGCCGCCAACCCGAAGGAUCCGAACGCGCCUAAGCCCGAGGGAGGAACGAUGACACCAGCGGUGGGCGAACAGCUGGUGGUGCCCGCCGGCCUUCCCAGGAACCUGGAGGCGGCGCUGCAGAGAUAUGGAACCGCCUCGUUUAAGGCCAACGUGGCGACCGUACUCGACCCCAAUGGAAAGAUGAGCAACUCUCUAACUUACGGGAAGCUUCUCAGCCGCUCGCUUAAAAUAGCGCAUGCGAUUCUCAACAAGACGUUUACCUCGAAAACUAGUAGCGGUGGUCCCCUGACGGGCGAUAACUCUAUAAAGCCAGGGGACAGAGUGGCUCUCGUGUACCCCAAUAACGACCCCAUAAAUUUCAUGUGUGCGUUCUACGGGUGCUUGCAAGCUGGAGUCGUGCCAGUCCCCAUAGAAGUGCCCCUGACCAGGAGGGACGCUGGACUUCAACAAGUCGGCUUCCUUUUAGGUUCCUGCGGGAUUCAGUACGCUCUCACGUCGGACGCCUGUUUGAAAGGUCUACCGAAAACUUCGUCCGGUGACGUGGUAUCGUUUCGUGGCUGGCCGUCCCUCCAAUGGGUCUCCACGGAGAAGUUGCCGCGACCGCCUCGAGACUGGAUCCCACCCCCGCGUCCCGCAGACGACAGCCCUGCCCAUAUAGAACAUACGUCUGCGGCCGACGGGUCUGCUAUGGGCGUCAUUGUCACCAGGUCGUCAAUGUUGGCCCACUGCCGCAUGCUGUCUGUAGCCUGCAACUACACGGAAGGAGAGCAUAUGGUGUGCGUGUUGGACUUUAAGCGAGAGACGGGACUCUGGCACGCGGUGCUUGCCAGCGUUCUCAACGGCAUGCACGUCAUAUUCAUACCGUAUGCCCUGAUGAAGGUCAGCCCGGCCUCAUGGAUGCAUAUGAUCACCAAGUAUAGGGCGUCAGUGGCAAUAGUGAAGUCUCGGGAUUUACAUUGGGGUCUGUUGGCGACGCGCGACCACAAGGAGAUCUCUCUCAGCUCGUUGCGGAUGCUGCUCGUGGCUGACGGUGCCAAUCCUUGGUCGCUGUCAUCGUGCGACCAGUUCCUCUCAGUGUUCCAGACCAAGGGUGUACGUGGGGAUGCUAUAUGUCCUUGCGCGUGUAGUAGCGAGUCGUUGACUGUGUGCGUGCGAAGGGCGGGGCGAGGGGGCUCCUCUGCAGGGAGGGGUGUGUUAUCAAUGUCUGGACUGUCGUACGGCGUCGUACGAGUCGAUGCCGAAAACUCCCUCACAUCGCUCACACUGCAGGAUUGCGGCCAAGUCAUGCCGUCAUGUGAGUAUAUAGGCAGCGUGAUUGUGGUGGUGAAAAUGGAAGGUCCCGCGUUCCUCUGCAAGACCGACGAAGUGGGCGAGAUCUGCGUGCUGUCUGGGGCCACUGGGUCCGGAUAUUGGGGCCUGCCGGGCCUAACCAACACCGUGUUCAGGGUCAGGCCGUUGGACUCGGACGGGGAGCCUAUAGGCGAAGAGUAUUACGUGAGAAGUGGCCUGUUGGGAUUCCUGGGACCUGGUGGUCUCGUGUUCGUGUGCGGAUCUCGCGAUGGACUCAUGACGGUGACUGGCCGCAAACAUAACAUGGACGACAUAAUCGCCACAGUACUGGCGGUGGAGCCGAUGAAGUUCAUAUACCGGGGAAGGAUCGCGGUGUUCUCUGUGCGAGUGCUUCGAGACGAGCGCAUUUGUAUCGUAGCAGAACAGCGACCCGACUGCGGGGAAGAAGAGUCUUUCCAAUGGAUGUCGCGAGUCCUACAAGCGGUGGACUCUAUCCACCAAGUAGGCAUCUACUGUCUGGCGUUAGUCCAACCCAACUACUUACCCAAAACGCCUUUAGGAGGGAUUCACCUUAGCGAGUGCAAGAGGCGAUUCUUAGAAGGCACUCUACAUCCAGCCAACGUGCUUAUGUGCCCACACACUUGUGUUACGAAUCUACCGAAACCGAGGGAAAUCCAUUCUGAUGUUGGCCCAGCCUCAGUAAUAGUUGGCAACUUAGUGCAAGGUAAUCGAUUAGCGUCUGCACAAGGACGUGACAUGGGAUAUACCGACGAUUCUGACGCUGCGAGAAAGUAUCAAUUUAUAUCUCAAAUCCUAAGAUGGCGAGCACAAAGCACAUCAGACCAUGUUAUAUUCACUUUGCUCAACUCAAAGGGGGCCGUUGCCAAAGUGCUGACAUGCGCAGAGUUGCAUAAAAAAGCUGAAAGAAUCGGAAACUUACUAUUGGAGAAGGGUCGUGUCAAUACAGGGGACCACGUGGCACUAAUAUUCCCACCUGGGCUAGAUCUCAUUUGCGCUUUCUAUGGUUGCCUGUACGUCGGCGCUGUUCCCGUUACCAUUCGGCCUCCACAUCCACAAAACCUUCACACUACGUUACCAACAGUACGAAUGAUCGUCGAUGUCAGCAAAGCCACACUAGUCCUCUCAAACCAAUCUGUGAUAAAACUUCUCCGUUCUAAGGAAGCUAGCAACGUACUAGACAGUAAAGCGUGGCCCAUAACCCUGGACACUGACGACAUGCCGAAAAAGAAACUACCAAUCCUCUACAGAGCACCCACAGCAGAGAUGCUUGCAUAUUUAGAUUUCAGCGUAUCUACCACCGGAAUGUUAGCAGGCAUUAAAAUGUCGCACGCUGCCGUCACAUCACUGUGUCGCUCUAUGAAAAUAGCUUGUGAAUUGUAUCCAUCCAGGCACAUAGCCCUAUGUCUUGACCCCUAUUGUGGCCUAGGAUUUGCUCUCUGGUGUUUAAGUAGCAUUUACUCAGGACACCAUUCUAUCCUUAUACCACCUUCCGAGGUCGAAAUCAACCCCGCUCUUUGGUUAAGUGCUGUCUCUCAAUACAAAGUACGCGAUACGUUUUGUUCCUACGGAGUGAUGGAGUUAUGCACUAAAGGAUUAGGAAGCUCUGUAAACCAAUUGAAAUCUAAGGGGAUCAACUUGGCUUGCGUAAGAACUUGUGUAGUGGUCGCUGAAGAGCGACCGCGUAUCAAUUUGACGAAUUCGUUCUCCAAACUAUUUUCGGCGCUUGGCCUAAGUCCUCGUGCUGUGUCUACCUCGUUCGGUUGUCGUGUGAAUAUAGCCAUAUGCUUACAAGGCGCUUCUAGUCCCGAGCCAUCUACGGUCUACGUAGACCUGAGAGCUCUGCGGAACGACCGAGUUUCACUGGUGGAACGUGGGAGUCCGCAUUCCUUAUGCCUGAUGGAAUCUGGAAAACUCUUACCCGGAGUAAAAGUUAUCACAGCUAAUCCAGAAACGAAAGGCCAAUGCGGAGAUUCGCAUUUAGGCGAGAUUUGGGUGCAAUCACCGCACAACGCGAGCGGGUAUUUUACUAUUUACGGUGAUGAGAGCGACUACGCUGAUCAUUUUAGCGCUCAACUGGUGACGGGCAAUACUGGAGAAGUGUAUGCUCGGACGGGGUACUUAGGAUUUUUGAGGAGAACAGAGAUCACUGCGGUGAAUACGAGUGGGGACGAGACUUCUCUGAUGGCUCGGGAUAGUGACACGGAGUCGCUGGCCUCAGCUUGCGGCAGCAUGGGUGCGGUGUCAGAUACUCACGAUACGCACGACGCGGUGUUCGUAGUGGGAGCUCUAGACGAAACUAUUAUGCUAAGAGGCAUGAGAUAUCACCCCAUCGACAUAGAGAACUCCGUCAUGAGGUGCCACAAAAAGAUAGCUGAAUGCGCUGUAUUCACAUGGACGAACCUCCUGGUGGUCGUAGUGGAACUUGACGGGAACGACAGCGAAGCCCUAAACCUUGUCCCUCUGGUCACCAACACAGUCCUAGAGGAGCACCACCUGAUCGUCGGAGUAGUCGUUGUAGUGGACCCAGGUGUGGUGCCAAUCAACUCGCGCGGUGAAAAACAACGCAUGCACCUCCGCGACGGAUUCCUAUCUGACCAAAUCGACGCCAUCUACAUCGCAUAUAACAUGUAAAUCGACAUGUUAACCCGAACAACUAGCGAGUCCUCCUUACAAUACAAUUUAUUAGUUACAUUUACAUUAGUCGAAAACGAAUGAAACAUAACAUGUGAGUCGUUGCAUUUAACAUGUCAAAGUGCAACUAGUUUUUAACAUGUAAAUUAUUGUACUAAGCGUAGUCGUGAUAUAUUAUUCUUUAAUUUCUUUAUCGCCUUUCAAGAAUAGAAAGCCAUUGUAUUUGAUCCUUUUUUUUAAACUAAAUGAGGUUGAAUUUGAAGACAAAAUUUCACACUGAAAUAUUGUUUAAUUUGACGAGCUUUUUAAAAAUAAUAUUUAAGAUUGUGCGUAAUCGCGAUAAAAUAUCUGUUUACAAUAAUAUUGAAUUGUGUUCGGUUUUUCUCCCCCGUAAAGAGACUUCGUUAUGUUGUCGAUAUUGAGUAGUGUAUAUUCUUAUUGUCUCUUUAAAAAUCAAUUAUUUUUUUGUAACUGCACUUUGACAUUUAGUAAAGUACCGAAAGUUAGUAUAAAUUGACACUGCCAGAUUUAGGGGAGGGCAACAGGGGCGAAAGCCCCGGGGCCUCCACAAACGGGGGGCCCCCACAAUAGAGAUUUGGAAAAUCGGAAUGUUCAAAUUCCAACUAGUAAACAUCUUUUCCUUUGAUAUUUUUUUUACUCUUUUACCUUUACCUACAGCCUACAGUACUUUGUACAUCUAACAUACAUGAUUAUUUGAUUAUAUUAAACUUAAAUAUCAGAAAUCAUAGAUCUAUAUUUGUUCACUCCAAUCAGGCAAUCAGUGAAAUAUCAAAAUCUCAAAUGGCCCUGAUAAGCACUUCCAAUUCACUACCCAUCUUGAGGCCUCCCUCAAGGGCCCCAGGGGCCUCCACAACAACAUUUCGAUGGGUUAACAAGAAUUCAAAUCCUAAGUGGCCCGGGGCCUCCACAAUCCUAAAUCCGGCCCUGUAAAUUGAACACCAAACCUAUCGAAUACUAACCGAAAUAUUGAUUAUAAUUAAGACUGUAAAACACUAAAAUGUAAUUUGUGUAGCGUAAUAAACUUUGCUUGUUUUUAAUAGAAAAAAAAACUGUUUACUUAUCCCAUUUCGACAAUCAAACGAAGACUGAUUUAAGUCUGAUUGAUGAUAUAAUUGACUUUAAUGACUUUUUUUUAAACUUACCUGUCGCUGCGAUAAAUAGCAGAACACGAGGUGUUGUGAAAAAAAUGGGCUGUAAUGAAUUUGAAAUGGUAUUCCCUUUUUUUUAUCUCAUUUAAUGUCCCGACAGUUGGCUCAAAACUAAUUCUAGUAUCGAUGAUAGUAAAAUUUCUUUUUUUCAUAUAUUAAAAUCUCCUUUGCUCGGUAGUGACGUUGAUUUUGCGCCAUUCACAAAACUCGGUGGCUGCGCACGCCUCUUUGGAAUUGCGUUUUGUUAGGUACUACUAAUAUUGGACAUCUUGUAAAGUUUUUAUAAUACACAAUUAUAUUGUUGUGAUUAUUAAGAUCAUUGUAAUUUUUAAUGUUAGCGCGUAUGUAAAUGUAUUACAGUACGGUAAUAAUACAUAGUGUUAAAAUAAUUAUCUCUUUAAUGAAUAACGUAUUGCAUUUAAUGUGUUGAUGUUUUUGACUUUUUUUAAAGUGUUGAAAUUUAAUCUCAGCAUUACGUUGAAAUAUCAUUCAUUUUUAUUUAUUACUAAAGUACAGACAGCAGCAGGUAACAUUUAGAUAUUUUUUUCUCAGAAUAGUAACAAUAAAUUGUUAAUAUAUCUUAUUGUCUGUACCUACCAAUCAAAUGAUAUCUUCUCGUAUCUGUCUUUAAAUUAUACUUUUGAUUAGAAAGAAAGAAAUGUUUUGUUUAUUUUAUGUUUUAAUAACUAUAAUUGGACAUUACAAGUUAGUUUAUGCUAGUCCGAAAUAUGACAGUUGCGUGGUUCUACUUCUCUAUAUAAAGCAAUAUAAAAUAAAUAUAAAGCAAUAAUAAUGACAGUCUGUAGAUUUUUUUCUCUAUUGAUCCAUAAAAAUUAUCGAACUGAACUGACAUUUUCAUAUUUAGUAAUGUUGCCCUAUGUUUACAAAUUUAAACUACCGGACAAAGAUGCUUUGGGCAUGAAAAAUGUAAAAUGUAAUGAAGUUUUUAUUUGUUUAUCAAUGUGGACAAGUGUAAUGUCGGACAGGACAGUAGUCUAAUACUUGAAAAAAAUACUAAGUGUAAACAAAAUAGACGAGUUCUAUGUUUGAAAAAAAAAAAGAGUGUAAGGCCAUUUGACAGCAUGUUAUUGCAUGGGAAAAAAAACCUUGCAUUUAAAAUUGCAAAUCAAAUUAAACUGUAGGGUAGCAAACCAUCAAUUUGGCCGACCGUAACCAAGAACUGGUUUGCAGUUCAUUUUAGUAUUUGGCAACUAGAUUUAGCCUGCAAUAACGUAUAGUAAUGUGUUAGUAAUAUACAAGAAAUAUACAUACCUACUUUUGAUGUUUUAUUACAAAGUUGUUUUUGUGUUAUGGUAUAAUAUUUUUGUUUUCCUUUUUUUUUUGGAAAACGUUUUUUGAUAUAACUGCAAUAGAGUCUAAUAUGUCGCGAUAGUCAUUCAAGUGAUUUAUAUAUCUAAAUUUUAAAUAUAUUAGCUAAUUUAUAUAUAUAUAUUAAAUAUACGCGUAACCGAUACGAUUUAUUAAUUACAAAGUCCGUCAGUUUUCCAUUCCAAAAGUUCUGAACGUUUAUUUUAAUUUUCGAAAUUGAAUUUAUUAUUAUUAUUAUUUUUUGUUUACAAAAUCACUAGAUUCCUUUAUUUAUAACCUUCUUUUUGUAAUUAUUUAUUGCUAAAUUGUACAUAUGUUUUUUGUUAUUUAAUUGUACGUCAUAAUUUCUGUAAUUUAAGAUUAUCAUUGUUGUUUUGACGAUUCUGUAUCGACGAUAAUAUUAAGGUAAAAUGUAUCGUUUAGCUGAUUUCGUAAUAAUGAAUCGGUCGUUUUAUUUAAAAAGGAUCAGUAGCGGCUCAGAUUACAACUAUUUGCUUUAGCCCAGUAUAUACUCGGUACAAGUAACAGUGAAAAAUAUUAAAUAAAUACUAAUUCUGGUUUGCUUCUGAUCUUUUUUAGAUACUAAUGAGGUUAUUUAUCUUUUAGUUGGUGUCCUUAUUAUAAUAAUUUUAUGUUUAAUUCAAAAUGUAGUCAUCUUACUCUAUAAGUAUGUAAUUAGUGAAAUGAACUCAGUUUUAUGAACAAAAUAUUGUAUUGUUUGUAAUCGUUUAUAUUGUAAUUUUAAUAUGUAUCGAAGCGUACAUACGACUGGCGCUCCGCAUUCACUUAAUAAUAUGUGGGCUCAAUGUAACUCCAGUGUUGCCCGUUUAGGUAAAAGGAUAGCAUUUCAUUUGUAAUAUGGCAACUCUACGAUUGUACGUACCGACAACAACAGAUCGGGCACAAAGUUUGCAUCGCUCAAUACACUGUAAUUUUUUUGUAUAUGGCAACACAGGUGCCUGGAUCUGUACACUUAAAGAUCAUAACAGUAUAAUGAAAAGUAGUAAAGUUUGUCUGUUUGUCGAUUACCCUUUUUGCAGCUCGACGAAAUGGUGUUCAUUAUAAUUUUAAUGUAAUGAAAGGGGAGUGUUAGUGUUGUUGCGGAAAAAUAAUUAGAAGAGCGCACAAAAAUUUGCAUUUUGUCAUAUAUUGUACGUCCGAAAAAGUCAAAUUGACAUGUGUCCCCGUCGAACUCUGAAAGAUUACAGACGCCAAAGAUUUGCCUUUAUAUAAAGGACUUUGUAACCGCUUCAACAAACUUGUGAUUUGGUUUCUGGAACAAAUAAAUGAUAAACGAUAAUUUUGAUAU